AUGGACGUCGAUGCUCUCGUCGCCCAGGGCUCCGAACUCGUCGACGCCAUCCUCCGGCGGACACCGCUCGCCGACGUACAGUCCCUGAUCGAAGCGGGUGCCCCGGUCUGGUAUCAAGACGACGAGGGCACAUCUCCCUUGCAUGCUGCGGCGUACAUCGAGGAUGACGCGCUCGUCCGCAUUUUGAUUGAUGAAGGCGCGGUGUGGAAUGCGGUGGACAACCUGCACAACACCGCCGGGGACGUCGCGUUGUCGCUGAACAACGAGAAGUGCUACACCAUCAUUAGAGAUGCUGGGAUCCGCUCCGAAAUGCUGCUCACGCUGCUGUCGAAGCGCGCGUCGGCAGCGAGCUCUCCGAUGAGCCUUAUUCUGAAGGCGACAGACACCACGCCUGCAGGCUCUACGGACGCGUUCCUCUCCACCCGACUGGAGUACACCACGGACCAGCACGGCCAAGAGAUUUGCCUUGUUAAGGUUGCGGACGAGGAGGAAGUGGGCGUGAUGAUGGGAUGGGAACGCGGUAUAAUGCGGGAAACUGUGCGCAAAUUGUGCUCGGAUCAUGAGAACUUGGACGAAGGAUUGAAAGUGCUCAACGUUGGCUUCGGACUUGGGAUCAUCGACACCCUCUUCCAGAGCCUGCCCACGAAGCCGUCACUGCAUGUCAUCAUCGAACCCCACCCAGACGUACUAGCACACAUGCGCGCGCAGGGCUGGUACGAAAAACCAGGCGUCAAGAUCCUGGAGGGCAAGUGGCAAGACUUCGUGGAGGGCGACGAGCUUCUGAGCGUUGGCGGCUUCGACGUCGUAUACACAGACACGUUCUCUGAGGACUACUCAGCACUUCACCGCUUCUUUGAACACGUUCCCGACCUGCUCGCGGGACCAGAGUCCCGCUUUGGGUUCUUCAACGGACUUGGCGCUACGAACGCCCUCUUCUACGAUGUGUACAGGCAUGUAUCAGACCUGCACCUGGCGGACGUAGGCAUCGACGUCGAGUGGAGUGAUGUAGAUGUGUUCGAGGGGGACACAGAUAGAUGGGGGAAGACGCGCGAGUACUUCGCCAUGCGCACCUACAGGCUUCCGACAGGGCGGAUGAGGGCCUUCUGA